AAUAGCUAAACUAGUAUUUUAGCUCUGCUAGCCAGCUCCAGGCAUGAAUCCAAUUUAGCUAAUGAUAAUAUCUAUCAGUACUAUGCUUGCAAAGUAUUCUUUGACAUUUUCUGUAUCAUUGCCUAUUCCUCAUUACUGUAUUGCCAGAGAUACUCUGCCGUUGCUUGCUAGCUAUCUGUUGUUUUAUUAGCACAUUGUUAGCUAGCUAGCUAUUGGUGGCAUAAAAAACAAGAACUUGUUAGCUAGAGGGCUAUCAUCAUAUCUGGCAAGUUUUGACCUUAUUGUGACCCACUUUCAAUUUUCACUAUCACUAUUUAAUCUCACCUUUAGUUAAUCUAGCUUCUCUUAACUCCAAUUGUCUUGAAAUGUGCUUGCUAUAGCCUAGCAUAAUUUUUGCAUCAAAUCUGUCUUCACCUCUUAUCUCAUCAUUUCACACACUGCUGUCUUAAAAGGAACCUGACUCCUCAUCACAUAUUUCUGAGGUAACCUCUUCCUGCUGUGCUCCUUUUAUUCUGUGUCUCUUUACAUGCUGCAUCUAAACCUGGCAUGUUUGGACAUGUUGAAGUACAAAUAGAACGGGCUGCAUGGAGUCUGAAGACCCGUGCUCUGACAGAGAUGGUGUACAUUGAUGAGGUGGAGGUGGACCAGGAGGGGAUCGCUGAGAUGAUGCUGGAUGAAAGCUCCAUUGCCCAGGUUGCUCGCCCUGGGACAUCACUGAGGCGUCCUGAAACAAGCCAUGGAGGUGGACCUACUCCAGCUAUCAGGCCCAUUACCCAAUCGGGACGACCAAUCACAGGGUUUGUGAGGCCCAGUACCCAGUCUGGCAGACCAGGGACAAUGGAACAGGCCAUUAAGACCCCGCGCACAGCACACACUGCCCGCCCUGUCACUGGUGCAUCUGGCAGAUUUGUCCGGCUGGGAACAGCCUCCAUGUUAACCAAUCCUGAGGGGCCAUUUAUAAAUUUGUCAAGACUCAACUUGGCUAAAUAUGCCCAGAAGCCAAAUUUAUCCAAGACCUUGUUUGAGUACAUCUUCCAUCAUGAAAAUGAUGUAAAAAAUGCUUUAGACCUGGCUGCUCUGGCCACUGAGAAUGCUCAGUUUAAAGACUGGUGGUGGAAAGUCCAGCUGGGGAAGUGCUACUACAGACUUGGUUUACACCGGGAAUCAGAAAAACAGUUCCGAUCUGCUCUCAAUCAUCAGGAGGUGGUGGACACAUACCUCUAUCUGGCCAAGGUGUAUCAGCGGCUUGAUCAACCUAUAACUGCACUGAACCUCUUCAAGCAAGGUCUGGACCACUUCCCUGGGGAGGUCACUCUCUUAACAGGAAUUGCUCGCAUUCACGAGGAGAUGAAUAACAUCACCUCAGCCACAGAGUACUACAAAGAUGUCCUGAAGCAGGACAACACUCACGUUGAGGCUAUCGCCUGCAUAGGCAGCAAUCACUUCUACACGGACCAGCCUGAGAUCGCCUUGCGCUUUUACCGACGGCUGUUGCAGAUGGGGGUAUAUAAUUGCCAGCUGUACAACAACCUGGGAUUGUGCUGCUUUUAUGCCCAGCAGUAUGAUAUGACCCUGUCCUCCUUCGAGAGGGCUCUGGCCCUGGUGGCCAAUGAUGAGGAGCAGGCUGACGUCUGGUACAACAUUGGACACGUGGCCGUGGGAAUAGGAGACCUGACUCUGGCAUCCCAGUGUUUUAAACUGGCCUUGGCCUUCAACAACGACCAUGCUGAGGCCUAUAAUAACCUGGCCGUGCUGGAGUUACGCAAGGGACACAUUGAGCAGUCCAAAGCUUUCCUCCAGACCGCUGCAUCAAUUGCCCCUCACAUGUAUGAGCCACACUUUAACUACUCCACUCUGUCAGAUAAGAUUGGAGAUCUGCAGAGUAGCUACACGGCAGCCCAGAGGUCAGAGGAUGCCUUCCCUGAGCAUGUAGAUACCCAGCAGAUCCUGAAACACCUCCGCCAGCACUUUGCUGUGCUGUGACCUACUGACCGACACACCUGACUUGACAGUCCAAACUUCCUGUGUGAUAACUUACUUAGUUGUCGCAGAGUGCUGCUAUUGAACAACAGUGACUGGCCUCCUCAUGUUCUGGUUAGACAUCAUCACAAUCUACAGAAAAACAUUCUGCUGUUAGAUGAUGGUGACAAUACACAGGCUAAAUGAUACAAAGAGCAAUUUGGCUUGGGCAACUCACUGCACAGACAUUAUUAUAAAACAGCUAUUUAAAACUGCCUGGCCCAAUGCAGGUCUUAUUAGUUGUAUUUUAAGUGUUUUAUUUGCAGCCAAGAUUGGUUUUGGCAUUCGUUUUUCUCAUCAACUGUUGAUUCACAUACAUGUGUAAUAGUAUUUAAGGUACUUUUAAGCACCGAUAGUGAAUGUACAUAAUAAAGUAUGAACAUGGAAGAAAAACAUAUUUACUAUAGUACAUAUUUAUACUGCUCUUUUUUAUAGUGUAUUCAGAUGUAAACCUGGGAUGUAUUUUGGUAUUAACAUUACUCUUGUCAUAAUUUGUAGUCUGUCUUGUUUGUAAGGAGUAAACUAUAUAAACUUUUUUUUUUUUAAAGAUGCAGAACUAAUUAUGUUUAACUUUACAGUAUGACAAUUUCUUUUAUCAGAUAAAAUGUUAUGUACAACUUAAAAGUUACAUUUGAUUCCAAUGCUUAUUAUUUUGAAUGUAUGCAUUUACUUAUUGAAAUAAUGGCAAUUUUAUAGUAA